AUGUCUGGCUUGCUGGACCCAACUGCCAUGCCAACCCCGCCUUCCUCCAUGCCAUCCGUCAGUGGAAGUAUCAAUAGCACAGUCGCCACCGCGUCAAGCAUCGCUCUCCUUCCCUCGCCACGCGAUCUUAUUCUGUUCCCGCUCCGCGCCCUGCACCAUGCCGAAACAUUCGCAUUCAAUACGGUUCCUCGGCAAAUCGGUCGAAUGGUUGGGAUGGGAGAUAUAAACUUGAACCUGUGGCCAACACCGGCUGCGGCCAUGACAGAAGGAGGGGCCGCAGUGGAGGCUAUAGCCGCAGCUUCAGAAGCUGUCGCGGAUACCCAAGGAGGGGUUGCUGAAGUGGCCGCUCAGGCAGACGGUUGGUACCUGACAGAAUUCAUGAACACAAUGCGGAAAGUUGGUGGGUUCUUUGGGUAUUUGACAAGCGUUUGGUCCAUGGCUUGUCUGGUUGAAGCUCUAAUCCUCAAUCGCCUCACAAUCUACGCAUCUACACGGCGCCAUCUCCGCCUUGGCUGGCAAGGCCGCCUAGCUCUCCGCAUAGUUCCAAUUGUUCUCUUCAUAUACCAGAUCAUGUCUCUCCUUCGAGGCAUUCGGUGCCAGUCGUCGCCAGACUAUGCCACCAUGCGCUACGGAAGCCCAGGGAAAGUCAUGAUUUUCGAUUAUGCAAGUUCUGGUGGGCCUCUCUAUCGGUUUGCCUCCAACUUGAUGCCAUGGGAAUCGGAUCAGCAGGCUUGCAGCGCAGUCAAGAUGGCACGUGUCGCCACUACCCCCAAUACUCCGAGUAUUCCGUAUGGCUCAUUCUCCCUCUUGUGGCCUACAUUCAUGAUCGUCUGCCUUAGCUACUUUGUCGAAACUCUUUCUUGCGCUUUGCAAGGCCGAAACGUGAAGACGGAGACGGGCAUGACGAUCUUUGAACAUUCUCUUGCUUUCGCUGAAGCGGAAUCCAUGAUUGGCAAGUCAAUUGGUCUCGGCAUGUUUGGUCUGCCAAAGAAGAACCCACUCAGUCAAGCGGAGACCACAAAUGGCUCGACCUCGCCCCUUGAGCUACUCACGAGAGCACAAGUUCUGGAGCGGAUGAAUGUUACCCCCGAGCUGCUCCUGAUCGUCCUCAUAUCGUGUUGCAACAGCUUAACGUCACACGCCCUGGAAAUUUUCGGGAGCCAAAGUCGGUAUCGCCUUGCUAACACUGCGGUUUGGGGACUCUGCUUCAUGUUCGCUAUGUGCUGGGGUUUAGACAACGGCCCACCCGUGAGCCUUGAAACGGGUGUCCUCAAAUUCCCGACCGUCUGUAUUGUCAGCUUCAUCCCUCAUUUGCUUGUUUUGCUCGGUAUUAUCACUUGCCUCGUCAUAUACGGGCUUGCUUUGACCAUAACAGCAUUCUCUCUUCAGUUCGAAGAGAAUGUACAGCCUACCCUUCGCGAGAGAUUCACCCUUGCUCAUGAGAAUAUGCAAGGCUCAAACCAGAUUCAAAAUAUUCGCAUUAAUAGACACGAAGAUUUCUAUACUUCAUUGCUUCGAGUUGGAUACGUUGCGUUGACCGCCGCAAGCGAAGCGGUUUUCUUGAAUGAAGGAAAGGCGGUGAUCGCGCGGCCACUGACAUGGCUUGAGCAAGACCGAGUGGCCGAGAUCGAAGCCACAAGACAGAGUGGCAGGGCCCAUGCAGAUCCGCAUCGUCGGUCUGGCGAUCAUUCGCCCUUCGAUUUAGCUAACUUUCUGAAUUCAGAGUCUCAGGACAGCUCAUCGGAAUGGGAAACCGGAUAUAGUCGUGAGAGGAAGAUGGAAAAGCCCAAAAAGGGAUCCCAAACAACACAGUCACCAGAUGAAAUCGGAGGAGUGGGUGCAGCGCGGGCGUCUCUUCGAUUGUGGCACGGUGUCACCUUCUUCCGUGCUAUAUUCUGGCUGAUUCUGAAAUGGCUCGCUUGCGGCCUCAGUCGAGUGCUAGACAGCAUGGGCAUUCGUUUCAAGCCCCAGUGGUUGAAGCGACUGGUCGGGUCUCGCAAGAACCGAGUCACGAGUCGGACUGUACACAAUGACUUAGACUUUUUGGUCUUGAAUGCCGAUGGCCGGCUUGAAGUUCCUCAGAAUCGGGACUUCGAUGUUGAACUUGAGAUUCGCAAGAUGGAGUCUUUGAUGAACGAGCAUUCCAACUGGGCAGGCCCCGAUGAGAACCGGCUCGAUGAGCAACUGUACAAAUGGUGGAAGCAAGGUGGUGCGUGGGGAAACCAAGACCACUCUUCCGACUACAUCCCGCCCGCGGAGCUAGAUAAUGAAGACAUAACAAGCGUUGUUUCUAUGUCCACGAAUGCUUCCGGGUCUGACUGGGAAGACUACGGAUGGGAAUCCCGCUCAUCGGAUGGUCGUCGGACGCCCACUCAGUCAGAUCCGAAUCCUGGAUUGUCUCGUGAGAGCACACCGUCCCAAGAGCCCCUCAUGGAUCUUACCACAUUAGCUCGUCUCCUGGAUCCUCACGAUAGAGAAAGUCGAGAAGAAGCCCGCAUCCUGGCCGCUCACCUACGUCCCCAAGAAGGCGCCGGGCGAAUCAUCACUCGCAGCCAGUACAGGCAACAGCUCGAACGAGAGAGAUCUCGUGUUCUCUUUUCUUCCCGGGUGCACAAUCCUAUCCCCUUGGAACCAGGCAGACCUAGGCGGAAGCCAACCGCCCAAGAGGAAUCGGAAAUUCUCGAAAGGCUCAUUCUUGCUUGCCGCGCAGCAGUCCCUAUCUCCUCCGACUCUGCCAGCUGGGAAUCAGGUGCGAUUGGCUUGGGCCCCAACGGGCCCCUUGCGUUGUCUGUCAGACCAGCCCACGAUCAAUCAUUACUUGGCCAUGCCGCUGCCUUUGCAUUUGUGAAGACUGUCGCGUCAGCCUGGCUAUGA